CGCAACUUUUUAGCUUUCCAUGAUGAAUGUUAGGUGGACCCUUAUCACUAAAGCAAGCUUAGCAAGGCAUGCGUUUUCCAUUUACCUCUCUUCAUGGUUAAUUCGACAAAAUCUUGGACAGGACUAUUGAGAGAUUUGGAGGAAAUCACUUUUUAAGAUUUGAUGAACGCUUUUCCCAUUUUUCGUCAAAGAUGAGACCUUUUGCCCCUUAUAAAGAACCAAAAUGGAGAAAUUAAACCAAUCAUCAAGCUUUCUCCUCUUCCUAGACAGAUCAUCUCGUACUUGCUCGCCGUGCAUGGCUUCCGUCGCCGCCGAACCUCAUUUUCACGUCCUCGCCGUCGACGACAGCCACACGGAUCGGAAACUAAUCGAACGCCUCCUCAAAACCUCUUCGUACCAUGUCACUGCUAUGGAUUCUGCUAGCAAGGCUUUAGAGUUUCUGGGACUGCUUGAUCAGGAGACUACUGCGCCGGAAGCUGAUGUGAAUUUGAUAAUUACUGAUUAUUGCAUGCCGGGAAUGACAGGUUAUGAUCUCCUAAAGAAGAUCAAGGAGUCAUGCUUCCUCAAGGACAUUCCAGUUGUUAUCAUGUCGUCUGAGAAUCUUCCUUCAAGAAUCAAUAGGAUAAGGUUUGAUUCUAUUGUGGUGCUUUUAAUGAUUACGUAGGCAUGAAUCAGGCUGAAUGGAUAGCCUUUCCAAAGGAUUUAAGGAGGAUUUAUGUUGAAUUCUGUCAAACGGCUAGUAUGAAUCCAACCUGAUACAGAUAUUGGUCUUAGUAGGUUUUUUUUUUUUUAUAUUUUUUUUUUUUAUAUAUUGGUCUUAGUAGGUUGUGAUAAAUGUUGGCUCAAAAUUGGGAUUGAUCAAAUCCAACACUGAUUGCAUUUGCGUGAUUUACUUCAUUCUCUCUGACUCCCUCAUCUUCUUUGUUUUCUUGUAUCUUUUCCUUCCUCGCUCUCUGGAAUUAAGGUUGAAGCAUCCAAACAGUUAUGAGGAUUUACGCCAUCAAGAUUUACUAUCCUAAUUGAAUAGGGUUAUCAAAUCCAAAUUUACCAAAUUGUACAUGGAACCAAGCAGCUUGACUAGCAUCUAAAUCACCAAAUAAUAUGUGUUUUGUUUUCCAGUUGCAUGGGUGGCUUAACUUUUUCAGAUCAGUGAAUCUAAUAUGGCUAAUCACUAAUAAACUGAAUCUAACUUCCCUAAUCACCUAAUGAUAUGAUUUGAUUGUGGUGUUCUUAGGAUUAACUUCAUCGCUUAUACAAAAGAACCCAUAUGCAUACCGUAUUGGCCUAGUCUUGGUAUUAUUCUUCAAAAUUACUUCAUUCUUAAGAUUUCUUGUUGGGGAUGAGGAGUAAACACCACAAUGAUGAAGCAAGAAAGAAAGUAAAAUCAACAAAAAUAUUAAGGACACCAGGAUUUAAUGUGGAAAAAUUCAAAAUAGGAAAAAAAACCACGAAUCCACAUCACAUUAAGAAAUCUACUAUGAAAAUUGGGAGAAAUAAGUAUAGAUCUCACUUCUCUCUUGCUCUUUCCUUGCUUCUCUUCUCACAUAAACCGUUCUUGCCCUUGCCCUUGCCCUAAUUAGAAAUACAAGAGAAAAGCCUGUUAUAUUCCUAAGGGACGCAACCAUUGAGAAAAGCGAGAAAGAUAAAUGUUCAGUCCGUCUUGCAGCAUUGUGUUGCCGGUUUGAGGUGCUGUGGUGCUCAAACUUUUAUCUUGCAUCGCUGGGAUGCCGUAUCUAGACAGCUGCGUCACUCUACUCUCUGUCGUUCAACAUCGGGGCGCUCGGGUACAUAGUCUUUGUCAGCAUAUGUGCAGAGGGUAAACCCCGAAACUUGAGCUUCGAGGAAAUAGACCAACUUGAUUGAUCAACACAAUCAGAUUCCAUGCAUAACAUUUAUAAUCUUCACUUAGUUUAUCAAACCCACAUUAAAAAGCAAAACAAGCUGAUGUUCUUGAAAAAUCUCAAUCCAUUCUCACUCAAAAACAAAGAUCCGUUUGAUAGUAAGUUUGUACAUGCCAAUCUCAAAUUGGCGCAAUCCUCGAUUUUAAUCAUAAUGGUUAUUGUUUCCCAAAUUCCCAGGAUCAUUAGUCCGUGCCUUCUGUUUUUCAUCUGAAGCCAUUAUUCAAUGAGGAUUCGAGUGAAUGCGAAAUAAUAACAAUUACAAAUAGUUCUCCUUGUCAGUCCAUCUUUAGAGCACCAUUAUUGAAUCAUUAAAUCGAAGAAUUAAAUUAGACAAGCUUUGAAAGAUUCAUUUGUUUAUUAGAUAGUGCAUCUCUUUUAGCCUGAAUGGAACAUGUUCUUAUGGAACCUUUUUUCUU